GGGGGCAAUGUCCUGACAAAUAAUCUCUCAGGGGGAAAAAAAGAAAGAAGUGAAAUCGCGUCAGACUGCGCUCAUCUCUCCAGUCAAAAUGGAGGGCAGAGGAAAUUCAGGAUCGUUUGGUGGCACAUUUAACAAACUGAUUUGUGAAGAGGACGCCGGCGCAGAUGAGCAACCUCCCUACUCAAACCAAGAGAAGCAACAAGUGUCCAUGUCCAUGGUGAGGCCUGAAUCCCGUCUGAAUCAUUACAGGCUGCUAGCCGGGAGCCUGGCAGUGCUCGCCGUCAUCCUUCUAGCCCUUGAUAUUGGCCUGGGAGUCUAUUACAGCCAACUCACUGAUGGAUACCGAACAAUAACGGACAUCAACGGUGAGGUUGUCAAACUUCAGGCUAGUUACAACUCUGCGAUCCAGAGCAGGGAUGAGGUCAAGAAGCAGUUGGACAGAGAAACCAGUGAGCAGCAGCGCACCAAGUGGGAGCUGGACCAUCAGAAGAGAAGAUCCAAAGACUACGAGAAGCAGAUUGACAAAAUUCAAUUGGAAUUUGCAACGUUGAAAUCCCACUUACCAAUGAUAAAGGAGGGUUGCAAACACUGUUUGCCCGGAUGGACUUUAAUGAACUCGGUGUGCUACUACUUCGCUUUCUCUGAAGACCUCUCACGCAGGUCAUGGAACGAAGCCCGACACUUCUGUAAGAGGCGGGGAGGCGACUUGGCGGUGAUAGACAGCACAGAGAAAAACCUGGCUAUCAAUGAAUUGAUAAAUAAUUAUCGUGAACCCAUGAGAGAAAUAAGCCAGAGUGGCUUCUGGAUCGGACUGAGAGAUGCGGAGGAGGAGGGGAUUUGGAAAUGGCUGAAUGGAGAAAGACUGACUGAGGGGUACUGGAACGAUGGCGAGCCCAACAACUACGAUAAUGAGGACUGUGCAGCUACGUAUCCCAGAAGCAAUCCCUUCAAGGCCUGGAAUGACGCUCCAUGCAAUUACAACCUGAAAUGGGUUUGUGAAAUGGAACCAAGGUCUGCAAGUUAAAGUCAUUUUUACAAAGGUUUAACUGUAGUUUCAUUGUUGUAAAAAACAACAACAAUUAACUGCACAUUAGAGAGUUUAACACGUCUUCUGGAUUGUUCUUUUUAUUGUCUUGUCAAUAUUUGUUGAGACAACAAAACAACAAGGAAGGUUCAAAUAUGAAAAAUACAUCUGAGUUACGAAAAUUAGCUAUAAAAUGUAAGCUACUUAUUUCCUUGUAUUAAAUAAAAUCUUUACCUUUACUAUGUACACAUAUAUCACUUAUAUAAAGACCUGUGCACUAGUUUACAAUUUUAUUCGGAAAAAAAAUCCAUCUUCACAUGAAGUUUACAAUCCUACAAGUCAUAUGACGCUUGAUACGUGGUAGAAAUCAUGCAGAGCAGCAUGUAAAAGCUCUUUAAUGCCACAGAUGUGAUUCAAACCACCGGACCAAUAGGGCAGUUUGGUUCUAGCAAUUCCCAAAUGGCUGUGAUCAUGGACUUUUCACACGCUGCUGUUAAAAGGAUUUCCCAAGAUACACCGUUGUUGGUAUAAACAGCUUGUUGAUCAAAUUAACAAAUGUGCUACAACGAGGUCAAUCAAAUCCAAAUUUAAAUCUGAAAAUGUGCAACAUCUCUAAUGGGGGAAAAACUGUCCUAUAGGUAUAAGUUACAAUAUCUGGUUUGUAUGCACAGUUUAAUAAAUAAACAAUAUCCAAACACUAA